GUCGGGUCCAGAUUUGACUUGAAGAUAAUUGCAUGUAACGGUCGGUUCGCGGUAGCUACUGAGCUGCGAGGGUUCGGGUGGGUGCAGAUUUGCAAAACUGGACCCAUGCAGGACUCUGCCCCAGAGGCUUUUAAGUUGAAGCUUAACCCUUGUGAAUCCCUUUUUAAAAACGUUACUUUGAAAACACUAACGACAAAAAUGUCCUCAUCUAAAAAUACUGUAAUAAAGAUAUUAUAGGCUAUGUUAAUAUUUGUGUUCCACUUUCAAUUACUUACAUAUUUUUAACCAAAUUCAGUGCUGAUCAUAAUUAUCAAAUGUUCAUUCAUUUUUAUUUUUGUCGCUAGGGAUUUGAAAGUCACUAUUUUGAUUACACAUACACUUAUUAAGAACAUGUUUCCAAAAAAACACAUCUUUACCAAAUGUCGUGCCAUAUUCUUAACACAAUCAGAAUGCUCCAAAAUUAAACAGUGGCAUGGAUAAUACAUUUCCUUAGGGAGGCAUAAGGGUUAAUGUGCUUAUUUAAUUAAAUACUGCAUCACAGUAGGAUGUUAACAGAAUUUACUGUAAUUGACCCAAGGAUGGCAGAUUGCUUAAAGUUGCAUUGUAGUCUUACGAUAAGAGAUACAGUAAUUAAAUGAGAUUUUGUAUCCACCAAAAGCACUACCCAACCCCAAGAGCCCACCUGCCACAAAGGUGAAGAAAAGAAAAGUGGACCAACAGGAACAAGACGCACAGGGAAAUUUGACCUGGCUGUGGAAAAAAAGGACACAGAGGUGGUCGUGGCAGUGCUCCCCUCACAGAUGAAAGGACGCAUCUUGCUUAUCCGCCACUGUGAGCUAUGCUCACUUCGACCCCACCAGUGGUUGACAGGGGAGGUAAUUGAAGGCGUGUUUCAUGUUGCUGCCGACAAAUUUGCCGUUCUGAACUAAAUGUACUUGCUAAAUCACUACACAGCAGGUGUCAUUUUGUUCGGGGACAGAACUCAGCUAAUAUCUCACAGUUUACCGAAGGUCAACUUUGACAACUAUGAAGCUGUCCUGUCCUUUGUACUUGUCAACAACAACCACUGGAAGUUGCUGUACAUUCAUGCCAACACCAGCACCGUAUUCCUGGUGGAUCCAGCUCAAAGCAUCAAAGAGCUUGAUGACUCCGAACAUGCUGCCAAAAGAAUACAGGAGCACUUCAGGAUGAGGAGCCACAGCAUAACAGACUGGGUGGAUGUUAAGUGGAAGGGAGGCGUUAUGGGCCACCCACUUCAAACGGAUGGAUGUAGCUGUGGUGUCGUUGUUGUGAAGAUGGCAAAGGCAGUCAUGGAGUCCUUCCCUCUGAUCCCGAAUGUGAAUUUCGAGUGUUCGAAGAAAUACAUGAAACGGGAGAGGAGAGAACUGGCUCUCGAAAUCCUUGAGGCAUCAGUCUUUGAUGAGCACACUUAUUGUGCUAUGUGUGCUGCCUUAAGGCCUCCAGGAUCUGGAUCUCCCAUCACAGACUGGGUUCAGUGUGAUGACUGUGAACGAUGGUACCAUGCCCAGUGCCUGGCAAUGGACAGCAGAGACUUUAAAAAGGCAGAGACAGGAUAUUGGAAUUGUCCUUUGUGCAAGUAAUACUUGAAAUGUGCUCAAUGAUGACGAUUAGUAAAACAUGUGUCCUGUGUAGCCUU